AUGCAGAUCUGUCAUGAUCGUGGUUACCUUGUGACGCAGGAUGAAUUGGAUCAAACUUUAGAUGAAUUUAAAGAACAAUUUGGUGAUAAACCCAGUGAGCGUCGUCCUGCACGCAGUGACUUGAUUGUUCUUGUUGCUCAUAAUGAUGACCCCACAGAUCAAAUGUUCGUGUUCUUUCCUGAGGAUGCUAAGGUUGGAAUUAAGACAAUCAAAACUUACUGCCAAAGAAUGCAAGAAGAGAAUAUUACCCGAGCAAUUAUCAUUGUACAGGCUGGAAUGACGCCAUCUGCUAAACAGGCUCUUGUAGACAUGGCACCCAAAUAUAUACUUGAACACUUUCUUGAGGCGGAGCUGUUGGUUAAUAUUACAGCACAUAUGUUGGUACCUGAACAUGUUGUGAUGACCCCUGAAGAAAAAUCAGAAUUGCUACAAAGAUAUAAAUUGAAAGAAUCUCAGCUGCCCCGUAUCCAACAAGGAGAUCCAGUUGCCCGAUAUUUUGGUUUAAAAAGAGGGCAGGUAAGUUAA